AUGACAUUAUACCCCAACAACACAAACAAAGAUUUUCAGGUGUCACCUUCUACUCUCCUUUUCUAUACCUUUGGAGUUACACUUGUCGUCUUGACCGUCUGUGGAAACAUGCUUGUGAUCAUCUCUAUCUCACACUUCAAGCAGCUCCACACACCAACAAACUUCUUAAUUAUUUCUCUCUCAACAGCUGAUCUGAUUGUUGGCACAGCUGAUGUGCCAUUUCUGUUGGUGUUCAAUAAUCCAGGCUUGCCCAUUGAUACAACCCUUUAUUACGUAGCCUUCAUGUGUUAUGCAUAUGUUACAUUUCUGUCUAUUUACAAUGUGGCCUUAAUUUCCCUGGAUCGGUUUUAUGCUUUGAGCAACCCAUUUCAGUACUCAAAGAAAGUCACAGUCAAAGUCAUUUCUAUUGUAAUUUGCUCAAUGUGGUUUAUUUCAUUUAUGUAUAACCUGGCUUUUGUUUAUUUCACUGUAAUAAGCACAGAUGAGCUUGGGAUCUGGGCAAACAUAGACUUUAUAGUCUCUUUCCUCUUACCAUGUUGUGUCAUCAUUAUUCUGUACACCAAGAUAUUUGUUAUUGCUAGAAAACAUGCCAUAAGCAUUAGGUGCACCAGAGAACAACACAUUUCAGGUACUACAAAGUAUAGAGAGACUUCUUUUCCUAGAGAACAUUCAGAGAGGAAAGCUGCCAUGAAACUUGGGAUUCUUGUCAUUGUGUUUGUCAUGUGUUUAUUGCCAUAUUUUAUAAUUAGUCAGUUAAGUACCAUUGUUCCAGCUACAAUGGUUGUUCACGUUAGAGGUGCAACUGUGACUAUAUUACAACUGAACUCUGCAAUUAAUCCAAUAAUUUAUGCUCUCCUCUACCCCUGGUUUAGAAGAUGUGCAAAGCUCAUCCUCACAUUAAGGAUUUUCCGUCGUGACUCCUCUCUCAGCAAUGUACUUACAAAAACUGGGCCACAGUGA